CCUUUUUCCUCUUUAAUAUUUUCAGUUAUACCCCUAUACUUUCCUUAUAUUACCCUUUCUGCCCUGUCGUUUUCCCUUGUCUCAUCAGCUCAACUUGACAAAAAUACAACUUACUUUAUCAACAAAGCCAGAUUCUUCAUCAUUUUCUGCAUAAAAUCUUAAAAAAGAUCUUCACUAUUUUCUUCAUGGGUACUCACUAAGAGUUUGUUAGUGUGAGAUGCCUGGGUUAGUCCUGGAUGAAAUUCAGGAAGAUAGGAUGGUUGAUGAAAUAAUGCCUGAGAAUGGCAACUUGCCAAAAACGAAUAAUAAUUUGGAUUUGAGCAAGUCUCCUGAUAAUGUGGGUACGGAGAAUCGUGAGACUGUUGUGGUCGAGCCUUCUAUCGAACAGCUUUACAAUAAUGUGUGUGAGAUGCAGAGUUCUGAUCACUCACAAUCUCGGCUUAGCUACGGGUCAGAUGGUGAAGAGUCUAGAAUUGAUUCAGAGUUGAGACAUUUAGUUGGAGGGGAGAUGAAAGAAGUGGAAAUUAUACAACAAGAUGGAGAGACUUCUAAGGAAGAAGGGAAAGAAGAAAGCUCGAAAUCUCUUUCAUCAAAGAUAUCUAAAAAAGCUUCUGAGUUGGGAUCAGAAGUGAAUUCCGGAUCAAGUUCCAAGACGAAAGUUUAUCAAAAAAGUACCAAAAAACCAGCUGUUAGUGAUAAGAACUCAGAUCUUGGUCCAUAUUUGCUUAAACAAGCCCGUGAUCUGAUGUCUUCUGGUGAUAGCUCUCGCAAAGCACUUGAUUUAGCUCUUCGAGCAGCAAAAUCAUUUGAAAAAUCUGCUAAAGGUAAGCCAAGUUUAGACGUAGUUAUGUGUUUGCACGUUACAGCAGCCAUAUACAGUAACCUAGGUCAGUACAAUGACGCCAUUCCGAUACUUGAGAAGUCUAUUAGCAUUCCAGUUAUUGAAGAGGGUCAAGAUCACGCGCUCGCUAAAUUUGCUGGUUAUAUGCAGUUGGGUGAUACUUAUUCCAUGUUGGGUCAGCUUGAAAAUUCAUUACAAUGUUAUAAAUCGGGUUUGGAGUUGCAAAAAAAGACUUUAGGUGACACCGAUCCCCGGGUUGGUGAAACCUGUAGGUAUCUUGCUGAAGCUCAUGUUCAAGCACUGCAAUUUGAUGAGGCCCAACAACUUUGUCAAAUGGCUCUUGAAAUCCAUAGAGAGAAUGGGUUACCCGCCUCUUUAGAAGAAGCAGCCGAUCGUAAACUUAUGGGACUUAUUUGUGAAACUAAGGGUGAUCAUGAAGCUGCACUCGAGCAUCUGGUUUUAGCCAGUAUGGCCAUGGCAGCUAAUGGGCAUGAAAACGAGGUUUCUUCAGUGGAUUUGAGCAUUGGAGACACUUAUUUAUCUCUAUCAAGAUUUGAUGAAGCGGUUCAUGCCUACCAAAAGGCACUCACUGCCCUUAAAUCCUGGAAAGGUGAGAAUCAUCCAACUGUUGCUUCGGUUUAUGUUCGUUUGGCUGAUUUGUAUAACAAAACGGGUAAAAUAAGAGAUUCGAAGUCAUACUGUGAAAAUGCUCUUCGCAUUUAUGAGAAACCCGUUCCCGGGAUCCCGCAAGAGGAGAUCGCUUGCGGGUUCACGGAUGUUUCGGCUAUUUACGAGUCUAUGAAUGAGCUCGAUCUUGCUUUGAAGUUGUUACAGAAGGCAUUAAAGAUAUACAAUGAUGUUCCAGGCCAGCAAAACACGAUUGCUGGCAUUGAAGCCCAAAUGGGAGUUAUGUAUUAUGUGUUGGGAAAAUACCCAGAAUCUUAUGAUUCUUUUAAAAGUGCUAUUUUAAAGCUUCGAGCUAGUGGUGAAAAGAAAUCAGCUUUUUUUGGUAUUGCACUUAACCAAAUGGGACUCACUUGUGUGCAGCAGUAUGCUAUAAAUGAAGCUUUAGAUCUAUUUGAAGAAGCAAGAAGUGUAUUGGAACAUGAGUGUGGAUCUUAUCAUCCUGAUACCCUUGCGGUUUACAGUAAUCUUGCUGGUACUUAUGAUGCGGUUGGCAGAUUGGACGAUGCAAUAGCAAUUUUAGAACGUAUCGUUGUGAUGAGGGAAGAAAAGCUAGGGACUGCACACCCAGACGUGGAUGAUGAGAGAAGGCGGCUAGCCGAAUUGCUAAAAGAAGCAGGAAAAGUUCGAACCAAGAAAACCCGAUCAUUAGAACACCUUCUUGAUUCCAGCCACAGGUCAACAACCAACAAUGGUGCUACUACCGCUACCUAAGGUAUGAUGAUCAACACGAUUGUGGCAUACAAGUUUAUAAACACGUAAUUAUAUGUAUAUUUCAAAGUAAAAAAGAACACAAAAAAGAUUCAGAAAAGUUGAUGAAAUAGUUAAUUGAGAGGUAGGUUUUUUGUUGUUUUUCUUCCUUUUGUUUUUGUGUUUUUUCCUUUUUUGUUUUAUGCAUUAUUGAGUUAAUGAAAUUGUGUUGUACUUUUUAAGUUA